AUGUUCUUAAACGACCGGCUUUCUGCUCGAGGGAACUCCACGAGCGACACGUGCUGAAAUUUUUCUGUAAAAUGUGCAACGUCCCCGUUUGUCAAACUUGUGUCAUAGUCGACCAUGUCGGUCAUAAUGUUGAACAUUUGGAGUUAACGGCGAAAGCUGCCAAGGAAAACAUCAUGAUUCAAUUAGAUUUGGCUAAAAGUGCUGGUAAAACUCACACAUACCUCAAAGAAGAGAUGAACGAAAUAGAAAAUUGCACUAAAGCCACCGUUGAAAAAAUAAGAAAUACAACCCAGUCAAUUAUUGGUAAACUUCAACAGUUUGAGCAAAAACUCACUUCAGAAGUUGAAGAU